GGGGAAGAUCCCAAAUUGGAAAUCUGGUGUCAAUGAGAUGGCCAACCCUAGAAGAAAUUCAUACUCCACCAUCAACGAAAUCCCAAUUUCCAUCCCAGAAAUCAACACCGCCCCUUUUCAAUCACAAACCCUAGCAGCAAGACUUUCCAGAUUCAAAAUUUUCCUCAAGAAGCCACAGGCUUUCCCUUUUCUGCUCUCCAUUUUCCUACUUCUCACCUGGGUGUUCCUCAGAAUCCAACAACGCAAUUCACAAUUCCUAUCAAAACCCAACCAAUCGAAUGACAUUAGUAGGAGAUUCUCAAUCGAUGACGAUCAAGAUCGUGACGCCAAUCUUAUUCGAUUCACCUCUGGAUUCCCAUCACCAAUAACCAAAGACAACCGUGGUUGGAUGCUCGAUCCGGUUUCCAUCGCCAUCGACUCUGGCAUUCCCGGUGGAGCCAUGGUUUGUGCUUCUAUUCAUGCUGGUGAAAUUAGACCUGGUGGGUUGAGAGGAAAUCACAGACACCAUACGUGCAAUGAGACGCUCCUGAUUUGGGGAGCUCGAACAAUGUUUAGAUUGGAAAACAAUGCAUUAGGAAAAGGAUACGCUCAAGUAACAGUUGAUGCAGACGAGGUUGCAGUUGCCGUCAGCCCAUCUGGAACUGCUCAUGCGUUGGUAAACAUGGAUUCGACACGGACCACAUAUAUCAUAGGCUGCCAGGACAGUGUAAUCAAUUACAAUAAAUCUUCUUCUGAUUUCAAAGUUUGGGAAGAUCUUUAUUCAUAGCUUUCUUUGUUUCAAUGCACAGCUUUUAGGAAGUUUACUUGAUAUCUCCUGGUUUAUGUGAAUGUUAUCGACUUCCUGUAUAAUCUUGUUCUUUUUCAACUUUUAUGGUCAACAUAAACCAAGUGUUCUUUUUUC